AUGAGCAACUUACGGAUAUCGCUAGGCUUCCUGGCCAGUCACUGGAUCCUUGCGACGUUUGUGGCUCUGGCGGCAUGGCAUACAGUGCGGGUUUUCAGGGGCUGGUAUCGAUUGCGACACUUUAAAGGCCCACGGAUUGCGGCACUGACCCGGUUCUGGGUCGCGCGAAAGAUUUCAGCCGGUGGCAUGCAUCAUGAUCUCCAGGCGGUGAACGAGAGGUAUGGAUCGCUUGCUCGUGUUGGUCCGAAUGACCUUGUUGCUGGGGACCCCGCGAUAAUAAAAAGGAUGAUGGCUGUGAGAUCGCCAUACACGAGAUCGGAUUGGUACGUCGGUGUUCGUUUCGACCCCGUGAAGGACAAUGUCUCAUCGGAACGGGACGAAAAGAAACACAAUGAGUUGAGAGCUAUGAUGGCUCCGGGUUACUCCGGAAAAGAAAAUGAGGAUCUUGAAGGAACCAUAGAUCGCAACAUCCAGGUUUUCAUCAAUCUCAUUCGCACGAAGUAUCUCUCGACAGAAACAGAAACCAAGCCAAUGGACUUUGCGCGGAAAGCGCAAUACCUGACUCUCGAUGUAAUUUCAGAUGCAGCAUACCGGGAAGCAUUUGGAUAUCUGAGAACUGAUUCUGAUUUAUACGAGUUCAUCGCGACUGUUGAAAAUGUCUUCUCGUCCGCCUUGAUGGUCACGAUUUUUCCUUGGCUCAACUGGGUGCUGCGUCUGAGUAUCUUGAAGGCGAUCAUGCCUUCUGACAAGGACCCUUUGGGAAUGGGAAAGAUUCUUGGAAUCACAAACAAUGUUGUCGCAAAGCGGUUUGGCCCUGAUAAGAAAGUCGAGAAGGAUAUGUUGGGAUCCUUCAUCGCUCACGGUCUCACUCAAGAUCAAGCAGAAUCAGAAACGGUUCUCCAGAUUCUGGCCGGCUCAGAUACCACCGCAACAGCCAUGCGAGCAAUCAUGCUCCACCUCGUCAUGAGCCCCCGCGUAGUCGAGAAACUCCGCGCCGAAAUCGACAGCCACACCAUUUCCUCUCCCAUCACCGACGCCGAAGCCCGCAAGAUGCCCUACCUCCAAGCCGUCAUCAAGGAAGGUCUUCGGAUCUUCCCACCCGUUGUAGGCCUGAUGUCUAAAGAAGUACCUCCUGGAGGCGAUACCAUCGAUGGCGUUUUCGUUCCCGGCGGAACCAAGAUCGGGUAUGGCAUGUAUGGCGUAUUCCACAAUAAGGCGAUGUGGGGUGAUGAUCCGGCUGUGUAUAGGCCUGAGAGGUGGUUGGACAAGGAUGAGGAGAAGCUGAGGGAGAUGGAUUCUACGCUGGAUUUGGUGUUUGGAUAUGGGAAGUGGAAGUGUUUGGGGAGUGUGGUGGCGUGGAUGGAGUUGAAUAAGUUGUUUGUUGAGCUUUUCCGACAGUUUGAUUUCAAUGUUGUUAAUCCGAUGAGGCCGAUGAGAUCUGUCUGUUAUGGACUUUUCUUCCAGUCAGAGUUUUGGUUGACUGUUUAUGAGAGGUCUUGAAGGCUGGUUUGUACUGGUCGGAGUCUUCGAGUAUGUCAUGGGAGCUUGCCAUAUGAAUCAAUACUAUGACUCGUUCUCUGCACAUCAAAAAUGUUUUUGGUUUCCGCAAGAUGAUUUCAUGUUCAGAAGCCUGCUUACUUUGUGCAAACAUAAAAUCAAUCGGCAACCGAAAUAAGCUUGGCAGUCGCAAUAAUUAAUGAUAGGAACAUGGAUUUCGUGGAAUGAUGAGCUCUGGAUAUCAAGGUCGCAUACUGAAUCUCAGGUCCAUGAGGUCGGUUGUAAAGCUGUAUGAGAGAUUAGACGUCGUUGAUGAAAAUGCACAGAGCCAUUUGUCUGGGAAUGUCUAUGGCGGCGUUGUUCGUCCGAUGCUCGAUUGACAACAUACAGAAGCGCGUAUUUAUGGCAUAUGCGGUAGCGAAUAGGAUCCCAGAGAUCACAAGUAGCGUUAUGGCAAA